AUGAUUUCGGACGGCGACGGAGCAGCUUCGAACGGAACGUCCAGGACGUAUUCCAACGGCGCAAGGACGGAGGCGCCGGUGACCGCCUCGGCCACCAACGGUUCUCGCAAAGCCGCUGCCAUGAACGGCUCAUCCCGUACCGAGAAGGAUGCCCCACCACCCGCCCCUUCGACCUAUUUCGGACACGAUCGAGAGGAGGUUACGCGAAUACUCAUACAGGCCUUGUCCGAUAUGGGAUACCGCGGAGCUGCCGAGAGCGUCAGCAGAGACAGUGGUUACGACUUGGAGAGCCCAACCGUCGCCGCCUUCCGUAAUGCCGUGAUCAGCGGUGGGUGGGGCGAAGCCGAGGAGCUUCUGUACGGAGCCGUCACGUCUGACGAGCGAGGCCAUCCUGGGAACGACCUAGUGCUAGCACCCGGAUCUGACCGAAAUGUGAUGCGAUUUUGGCUGCGGCAACAAAAGUUCCUCGAGCUUUUGGAGCAGCGUGACACCGGCAGGGCACUAAUGGUGCUGCGAACCGAACUGACGCCGCUCUACCAAGAUACCCAAAAGCUCCACUUCCUCUCCAGUCUUCUCAUGUGCCAGUCUGCGGAAGAUUUGAAGGCCAAGGCCGAGUGGGAUGGAGCUCACGGUCAGUCAAGAAAGGUCUUGCUAUCGGAACUAUCAAAAUGUAUAUCACCCUCGGUAAUGCUGCCAGAGAACAGGCUCGCCGUACUAUUGCAGCAGGUGAAGCAAAGCCAGAUAGACAGCUGUCUCUGGCACACAACUGCGUCCUCGCCGUCAUUGUACUCGGACCACUACUGUGAACGAAGUCAUUUCCCCACGGAAGCCGCGCUGGAGCUCACAGACUUGACUGGUGAGGUCUGGCAGGUGGUGUUCUCGCACGAUGGGCAGCGCCUCGCUGCGUGCGGAGAUGGCGAUACCGUUGUUAUUUGGGACCUGCCCUCAUUCACCGUCUCUCACGUCCUCCGGCCGCAUGCUCAAGGUGUCGGCGGCUUAUCGUGGAGCCCCGACGACUCGAUGAUAGUCACAUGCUCGCAGGACAAAUACGCACGACUUUGGGACACAGCGACCGGAGACAUGAUCCUUAAGCUUGAGCGGUUUGAUGAGCCGGCCAGCGGCUGUGUCUGGGCGGCGGAUAGCAAGACGUUCAUCACCGGGUCUCUGGACAAAGAUCACGGCUUGCGCACUUGGAGUACGUCGGGGGAGAUGCUGUGCGAAUGGGGCAAGAAGCACAGGGUACAAGACCUUUGCGGUUCGCCGGAUGGGCAUUGGCUCGUUGCAGUCGACGACUUGCAGAAGAUCCAUGUCUACAACGCUUUCACACGUGAACUGGAGUACGAGAUGGAGGUCAAGUCUCGGCCGACCUGCGUGAGCAUCAGCGAAGACUCGCGCCAUUUGCUCCUUAACAAGAAAGAUGGAGAGCUUCAGCUGAUUGAUUUGGUAAACCGGACGUCGGUGCAAAAGUUUCUCGGUCACACCGGAGGCGAAUACAUCAUUCGCAGCGCUUUCGGCGGUGCCAACGAAAGCUUCGUUGUGAGCGGUAGUGAAGAUGGCAACAUUCUUAUCUGGCACAAGAACAGUGGAGCUGCGGUUGAGAGGCUCGAAGGACAUCAGCCUCGAACGAACGCUGUCGCCUGGAACCCUGCAGACCCAUGUAUAUUGGCUUCAUGUGGUGACGAUGGCAAGGUUAAAAUUUGGUCGAACAAGAGCAAAAGUGCGACUCUCAGGUCAUUACAUAACGGAGCGUCUCGGGCGUCCAACGGUUGGAGUGCAGAGGAACGCACUGGAGACGAAUAG